AUGACUGCUACAAUCGACGGCUUAAGUGAAUUGAGAUUCCAUAAUUUUCAAAAUAGCAAAAAAUACAAUUGCCGUUUAAGCUUUGCAAAUUGUGUGAAGAGGAAUAAUAAAUACAACAAAGUCAAUAUUAAAACAACAUUAAUAGAUAAUGAAAUUAUUGACGAUGACAAUGAGGAGUUUAUAGAUAAUAAUCUAAUGCGAAAAUGCCACAACUUUAAACUAUGCAAAAGUGCUGGGGUAGAUAAAAUGGAAAAUUAUCGCUCAUAUAAUAAAAAAAAAGGUGAGUAUGACAUCGAACGAGAUAACACAUUUUGCUCUCUAACGGACAUGGACGACAUUAUAAAAAAUCGUGAUAAGAAGAAUAUAUUUUUUUAUUAUAAAAAUAAAAGUUUAAAUGAUUAUAAAUCAUGUUUUGAGAAACAGCGUAAAAAACGAAAAUGGUUUCGAUUCAAAAGAAAAAAAAAAAAAUUCGAAUUGGAUGAAGGAGUUAAAUAUUUAAAUGAAUCAGUAUGCUCAAAUUAUAAAGAAGCAAAUAAAAAUGUGAAAUUACCUAAUCCAUCUGCUAGAUAUAGUAAAAAUCAUAUUCUAAAUUCAACAGUUAGUAGUUUAAAAGGACUUUCAGGAUGGAUGUUUUAA